AUGCACGCAAUUUUUGACGCCUUCGGGGAUGGGCGCUCUGUAACUGAGAUUGCUAUAGAGCUAGCUCAGGUCGCUUCCUCCGAGAAGGUCAGCCGGCCUUCUGGUAAAGCUUCUUCUCGAGCUUCCAAGCCGAGCUCUCACAGCACUAAAUCAGCUCAGCCAUCUAGCCGUGGUGGGUUGAGCUCAAAGUCUACUGAACAAGUGGGACAGGGUGCUGCCCAUUCUACUGAGGAGGUGUCAAGGGGAAAGUUUAAGUCCCCUGCUGAAGACAAGGAGACCUCUGGGACGGGGAUGGAGAUCAUCCUCCUAGGGGGUCAAAGUCCAGAGGUUUCUGGUGAAAGUGCCCCUGCCCCUGUGAGGACUGAACCUGAGGGUUCUGAGGGCAUUCCAGCAAAGAUCGGAGGGAAAGGUGUUGCUGCUGACCCGUCAUUGCCUUCUCCUGGCAAUUCUCUAAAGACGCCGGGUAUUACAUCCGAGUCUCCGGCCAGUGCUGUUGCCGACCUUCUUAGGGAGCAAAUGUUUGGUGGAGCCACAGAGGCCUCGGAUCCACGCCUUCUUGCUCUGACCGGCCUUUUAGCCAGCUUUACCAAGGAGCAAGUGACGGGCCUCUUUAUGGAGGUGGAUAUCCGUGAUCGCUCCCUCCGGGAGUCCGUAGAUCGCCGAAUUGAAGAGGCACGUCUGGAGGAGAAUAUAUCUGCCACCAGUGAUGCGAGGGGCAAUUUGGUAGCUGCUCGGGAGCAGAUCCAGUCCCUCCAGGUGGAAUUGCAUUCUGCGUUGGAGGCCCUCAAAAAGGCUGAAGAGAAAACAGCCGAGACGGCAAAGCAUACCUCGUCCUUAGAAGAUGAGUUGUCUCGGACUCGCAAUGUUCUCCAGGAGGCUGAUGAGAGGGCAGCUACCUUGGAGGUUCGCUGUAGAGAAGUGCUAGAGCAGCUGUCCUCUAUGACAGAGGCUCUCAAGGAGAGAGAUGAGGCCGUUAGCCAGAAAGCUGAAGUCCAGCGCCAAUUUGAUGCCUUAAAGGCUGAUCUCGAAGGACUUCAGACUCAUCUGGAGGAAGUAAAGGCUCAGAGAGAGAUGGCCUUAGCUCGGGUGCAGACUUCAUAUGUUUAUUCAGAAGCUCUAAAUUAA